AUGCCCUCUGCAUCUUCUGGAAAAACCCAUUUUGCAAUCGAAAAUUAUCACUUGAAACCAGCGUUCGGGAAGAAACUAAACGCGGAUGGCCUAUCGCCCUUGGACCUAGCCCUGCAAAAUGGGCACUUUGAAACCGCGAGGCAGCUUGUGAAGUUUGAUAUUGAGCUUAUCCGAGUCAAGGGAAGGGAGAGGAUCACUCCUUUGCAUUACGUAGCCGAAACAGACAACAUCGAUCUUUUGGCUGAGUUCUUGUACGCUUGCCCUGCCUCGAUUGAGGACUUGAACAUUCGAAAUGAGACUGCUCUGCAUAUUGCGGUGAAGAACUUCAGGCUUAGAGCUUUCAAAGUUUUGCUUGCUGGCUCUUGA